AUGCCGCUCAAACGCCUCGAAAUCGAAAACUUCAAGAGCUACAGGGGCAAGCAGGUCGUUGGGCCCUUUUACUCCUUCACAGCAGUCAUCGGCCCAAAUGGUAGCGGCAAGUCCAACCUGAUGGACGCCAUCUCGUUCGUGCUUGGCGUCAAGAGUGCGCAGCUCCGCUCCAGCCAGCUAAAGGACCUCAUUUUCCGCGGACGCAAAAUGGGCCGCACCGACGUCGACGACCACCCGCAACCCGCCCCUGCAACGGACGACGAAGACCAAGAAGACGAGGGCGAAGGCACCGCCAAAAAGGCCAGCGUCACUGCAAUCUACGAAGACGCAAAGGGCCACGAGCACCGCUUCCAGCGCAUCAUCACCCUCAGCGGCUCCAGCGAGUACCGCUACAACGGACGCGCCACCGCCUGGACCCAGUACAAUGCCCGCCUCGAGCAGUUCAACAUCCUCGUCAAGGCCAAAAACUUCCUCGUCUUCCAGGGCGAUGUCGAGGCCGUCGCAUCGCAGGGUUCCAGGGAGCUCAGCCGCCUCAUCGACCAGAUCAGCGGCUCCCUCGAGCUGCGCGACGAGUACGAAAGGGCCAAGGCGGCACAGGAGAGGGCCACCGACAACUCGACCUUCAACUUCAACAAGCGCAGAGGCAUCAAUUCGGAGCUCAAGCAGUUUCGCGAGCAAAAGAGCGAGGCCGAAAAGUUCGAGCGGCUGCAGCGCGAGCGCGAGGCCCACGUCAUGCAGCAGAUCAUGUGGCGCCUCUACCACAUCGAAGAGGAGAUCGAGGCCAGCCGCAAGACGAUCGAUGAGCACAAGGACAAGCUCGGACCACUGCGCAAGCAGCAGAAGCGCGCCGACGAUGCCGUCAGCGAGGCGCGGAGGGACCAAGGCCAGGCACAAAAGGAAAUCCUCCAGGCCGAGCGCACCAUCAAGCAGAAGCUGCGCGAUGCCGAGGCGCUGCGGCCAGUGCUCGACGCCUACGAGGAGCGCCUGGCUCAUUCCAGGAGAAAGCUCGACAACGCGCAGAAGCUUGGCGAACAGGUGGAGAGAGACCUCGAGAAGCAAAAUGGCAGCCUCGCCAAGCUCGAACGCGACCAGGAAACGGUGCGCCGGGCAGCUGACCGGGCGGCCGAGGAGCAGCGACAGGCACUCGAAUCAACGGGCCUCACGUUGAGCGAGGCCGACCUGGCCGAGUACCACGGUCUGCGUGCCCAGGCCAACAUGCGCGCCGUCUCGGAGCGACAGGAGCUCGAGGGGCUUCGGCGCGAUGCCCGCAUCAAGAGCGACAACGUCAAGUCGUUCGAGGAGAAGCAGGAGCAGCUGAACAAGCAAAAGGAAAAGCUGCAAGCCGAAGAGACAUCGGUCUCGGAGCGGAAGGCAAACCUCGACGGCAAGCGCACCCAGCUCGAGGAGCGACUCAAGCGCACCCGCGACGAGCUCGACGCGGCCAAGCAAGAACGCGAGCGGAUCAAUCUGCGCGAGACAAAGCUCAACGACACGCUGCAGGUUUGUUACAACAAGCUGGUCCAGGCCGGCCACGACCAGAAGGAGUCGGAGCGCGAGACGAGGAUGAAGGAGACCAUUGCAGCGCUGCAGAAGAUUUUUCCCGGUGUCCGCGGUCGCGUCAUCGACCUGUGCAAGCCGACGCAGCGCAAGUAUGAUCUGGCCAUUUCGACGGUGCUCGGCCGCAAUGCCGACGCCGUCAUUGUCGACCACGAGCGCACCGCCAUCGACUGCAUCGAGUACCUCCGCAACCAGCGCGCGGGCCAGGCCACGUUCCUGCCCCUCGACAGCAUCCAGGUGAAGCCGAUCAACGACCGCCUCCGCAACAUUGCCAAGGGUGCGCGCCUCGCCAUCGACGUGAUCCAGUACGACUCGGUGAUCGAACGGGCCAUCCAGCACGCGUGUGGCAACGCGCUCGUCUGCGAUACGAUGGACGUUGCGCGCACAGUCGUCUAUGACAAGAAGGUUGAGGUCAAAGCUGUGACGCUCGAUGGCACCGUCAUCCACAAGAGUGGCCUCAUCACCGGAGGUCAGUCUGGCCAGGCAGGCGGCAAGCGGUGGGGCGAACGCGAGGUCGAAGGCCUUCAGAAGCAGCAGGACCAGUGCUUGGCCGAGCUCAAGGAGCUGCAGACCCAACGAAGGGCUGUGGUUAGCGACGAUGAACUCGUGGCACAGGUCAACCGGCUCGAGGCGGAGCUCGUCUCGAUGCGAGACGAUCUCGCCGCCGUCGACAGCCGUCUCAAGGGCAUCCGCGAUGAGCUCAAGAACAUCGACAAGCAGCUCAAAGAGACCAAGCCCAAGCUGCGAUCGAGCCAGGCCGAGCUGCAGAAGCUGCAGGACCAGAUGUCGUCGCUCGAGACCACCGUCAACCGGGAGGAGGAUGCCGUAUUCGCCACGUUCUGUGCACGGAUCGGCGUGGCCAACAUUCGCGAGUACGAGGAGAGGCAGGUCCGCAUGAUGCAGCAGCAGAGCGACGCAAGGCUGCAGUUUGACAGCCAGCUAGCCCGCCUGACGCACCAGGCCAACUUCGAGAGGCAGCAGAUCCGAUCGACGCAAGAGCGCCUCGAGAGCCUGAGGCGCACCAUCGCCAAGGAACAAGAGAAGAUCCGCACUCUCCAAGCCCAGAAGAAGGCGCAAGAGGACGAGAUCGAUGCCGUGCUUGAAGAGGUCAGCGAGGUGCAGGAGCAGCUAGACACGCUCCGCAGCGACUACGACGACAAGAAGGCGGCGCUCGAUACGGCCAAGACCGAAGCGGCUCGAGCCAGCCGCAGCCUGGAGGCGGUGCUCAAGGAGAUUGCGCAGCGCAAUGACGAGAUUGAGAAGCUCGGCUCGGAACGAACGGCCUUCUACAGGCGUUGCCGGCUCGAGGAGAUCCAGCUGCCACUGGUCACCGGCUCGCUGUCCAAGGUCCCGCUCGAGGAGACGGGCGAGCUCGGCGGCGCGCUAAUGGACAUCGACGAGGCCGGCACGCAGGAGGCCGUCAAGGUACCCGACUACGGCAUUGAAGUCGACUUUGGCGACCUCGACGACGAGGAGAAGGAGGAUGGCGGGGCUGCCAUGGGGGCCGAGCUCCAGUCGCGAAUCGACACGGUGACGGCCGAGAUUGACAAGAUGUCGCCCAACAUGAAGGCCGUCGAGCGCCUCGACGAUACCGAGGCGAAGCUGGCCGAGACGGAGCGCGAGUUUGAGCGGUCGCGCCGCGAGGCGAAAGAGGCGCGCGACGAGUUCAGCCGGAUCCGCAAGCGGCGGUGCGACCUCUUCAAUCGCGCCUUCAACCACAUCUCGUCGCGCAUCGACUCCGUCUACAAGGACCUCUCCAAGGGCAAGGCGGCGCCAAUGGGCGGCUCGGCGUACCUCUCCAUCGAGAACACCGAGGAACCCUACCUCGGCGGCAUCAGCUACUCGGUGGUCCCGCCCAUGAAGCGCUUCCGCGACAUCACGGCGCUCAGCGGCGGCGAAAAGACCAUGGCCGCGCUGGCACUGCUGUUUGCCAUCCACUCGUUCCAGCCCGCGCCCUUUUUCGUUCUGGACGAGGUCGAUGCCGCCCUCGAUAGCCAGAACGUGGCCAAGGUCAGCAACUAUAUUCGACAGCACGCCAGCGACCAGUUCCAGUUCAUCGUCAUCUCGCUCAAGGCGAGCCUGUACGAGCGCAGCCAGAGCCUCGUCGGCAUCUACCGCGAUCAGGACGUCAACUCGAGCUCCAGCCUCACCCUCGAUCUCGAGCAGUACGCAUAG